AUGGAACUAGAGGCAAACAUCAACCUUGUAUCGCAAAGUCUGGAAAAAUUUGCCAACGUUGUUGACACCGUGGUGGACUCGGUUACCGAAGAACAGGAACAACAAGUACAAGAAUACAUUGACAAGGCGCAAACAACUAUCGACCAAGCUCAGAAAUUAACGGUACAGUUCACAUACUAUCUAUGGGUCAAAUCGUUGAAGACUGGUUCUGUUAUGUGGGCAUCCUUCUGCGCCCUUUCAUAUUUCUACAUGGUGUCCGCUUGGGGAGGAUACGUUUUUAUUAUUAAUCUCAUUCCGCUUCAUGUACUGGCUCUCAUUAUUAUUGGACGUUACUCAUCCCGGCUUUUUGUUGCCUAUACCACAUUCUACUGCUGGCAACUAUUCUUUCCAUGCAAAUUCCAUUCGUCGGGUUCCAACCUGUCCGUACUUCCGAGCACAUGCCAGCUUUUGGAGCGUUUGGAAUUCUUCAGAUUGUUGCCGCCAUGCAAUACGCUCGCCCUCGUAUCACGCCUGUUAUCGUUUACUUCGCUCUUGUUUGGGAAGAUUCACAUUCCCAUCAUCGCUUCUGUGUCUGAGCAUCAGCCUACCACCUGGGUGUCGUUCUUCUUUGAUCUUCAUAUCACAGCGGCUGUUUUCCCUGUUGGACUGUGGUACUGCGUGAAGAAUGUGAAUGAUGAACGAGUGUUCAUUAUCUUGUAUGCGGUCUCAGCUGUGUAUUUCGCUGGCGUGAUGGUUCGACUCAUGCUAACACUUACUCCAGUUGUAUGUGCGCUUUCCGGAAUCGCGUUUUCUUAUACCUUUGAGAAAUACUUUCGUGAUGAUGAAAAAUCUUCUACGAAAUCCGAAUCGGAUCGUCAAAUGUAUGACAAGGUGUCGAAGAAAGGAAAGACUGCUUCUUCAUCUGAAUCUGCCGAGGAUGGUGUUGGUAUCAACUCCAGGUCAUUGGUCAGCGUUGUUCUGGUUCUCUUCCUUCUCAUGUUCGUUGUUCAUGCUACGUACGUGACAAGCAAUGCCUACUCGCAUCCUUCUGUUGUGCUGCAAAGUUCAAAUAGUCAUGGUGAUCGUAUUAUUAUGGACGAUUUCCGCGAAGCUUAUCACUGGCUACGCGAAAACACCGCUGAUGAUGCGAGAAUUAUGUCAUGGUGGGAUUACGGCUACCAGAUUGCUGGAAUGGCGAAUAGGACAACUCUUGUAGACAACAAUACUUGGAAUAACUCUCAUAUUGCUUUGGUAGGGAAAGCAAUGUCAUCUAACGAGUCUGCCGCCCACGAAAUCAUGAACGCUUUGGAUGUUGAUUACGUACUUAUAAUAUUCGGUGGUGUCAUUGGAUAUUCUGGAGAUGAUUUCAACAAGUUUUUGUGGAUGGUUCGUAUUGCGGAAGGGGGGCAUCCAAAGGAAAUCAAGCGCAAGAUUCUACGGCAGUACAUCACUCCAGAGAUGCAGGAGGAAAACUGGCACAUGAAAGAUAUCAUCACGGCGUUGGACCCACUGCAUAUCAACAGAAGAGCGAAUCAGUGA